AUGAAUACAAAUGAAGGCCAUACAACUUCAGUUGAAAACGACAUAUUGAACGCAGUAUCCAACUGGGAGAAAUAUAAGCAAGGGCAAGCUGGUCUUCCCUUAACUCAAGCGACGAAUGCUCAUAGGGACUACGGAUCCAUAAAACGUAAAGCUUCAAUUGCACGCCACUCUAGUAUACAGCGGAAGGAUUUUACGAAUGUGCAAGAGUUGAAGAAAUACAAAGAUAAAAAGAAGUUCAUUUUCCACAGAGGAUUUUUCAAGAGGAAUAGUAAGAAGAACACAAACUUUACAAGGAUACAAGACAGCAACGUGAAGGUCAAAUUAGAACCCCAUAGAUUUAGAAAUCGGGCUGAGUUAGAAUCAGUUAUGAAUUAUACUGAUCUCCGCACUUUGAAUUUGAGCCAGAUGUAUCCGAGGGCAACGGACAACGCAGCUGCUGUAUAUGGCAUCAAGAGAAAAUACCAUUAUAGACCAAGAGUAGUGCCUACCGUUGAGAGAAUACCGUCUCGAGUGUAUCAUGUUGACGAUAGCACCGUCUCUAGGAAAAAUUCCAUCAAGCGUUCGAUGCCGUCGGUGCGAAACUCAAAAGUAAACCAAAUGAGGCACAGAGACCCUGUGGUGUCUAUCACAAGCCAGGCGCCGUCUGGCUUAUCGACGUCUAGCACGCCAACGGCUAUUCGAAGAACAAUCCGCAGAAGCAAGACCUCUCCUGGUGGUUACAGAAACAUACGGUACAGGAACUUGUCACGGGAGCAUCAAACCAUAAUGAAGCUGUGGGAGCAAUACAUGCGCAAUAUCAUAUACCAGAGGAUUCAGUUACGAAUCACACUUAUGACUACAGCGCUCACCACGGAUGACUCGGGAUCAGAGUCCGGGGAAGUAUCCGCCGAGGACGACGCGGCCCAUAGCAUAUUGGAUGAGUAUGUGUUCUCGCUUCCACCAGCCAUAGAGGACGACAAGUCCUUGUCGUUCCGCUACACACCCACCAGCGGACUCAGCAUUGAUGACCCUAUAGUGAUCCCCGAGGAGGAGAUGCACGAGCAACUGAUGGCACAGCCCACCGCUCUCCGGUCCCGUUUGCACGUCAUACACCCGGGCUCCAGCAGCAUCACAACCACCAGCUCAUCACACAACCACAUAUCUACCCCCGUCACUGCAUAA